AUGGACUCUAGCAUUCACAAAGGAGCAAUUAUCGAUCCAAGACAGGCAGCGGUAGAGACCCAGAGGGUCUACCCUGUGUGCCGUGGAGCGGCAUAUAGGCCGCUGCUUCAACGAAAGAAACAAGAGCUUAAUGGGAAUAGACGGGCCACCAGGUCGUCCAACAAGGGUCUGGGCCUUGAAAAGGAUACGCCAACCAACGAUUCUCGCUUUGAACAGGAAAUAUUUCUUGAAUUAGCAAGUCCUGACGAUAUCUCGACAUCCAGUUCGGCGCCGCCCGCAUCUUCCACUUCGAGUUCAUCUUCUGGAUCAAAGUCUUCGACUUCGAGCAGUUCCAGUCUUUCGCCUAAUGAGAUAUUACAUUUGCGAGCUUUCUUCAAAGAAAAUUAUUAUCGAUAUCUUGGCCCAAGAUGGCUCACAGAUUCUGGAACAGACGUGGAUGAGGUUAUGUUUCCAUAUAUUAUGAGUAUGGCGAGAGAGUCCUUGCUACAUUCCUUCAUUAUCGCAGGCGAUAUCGAUCUACCACCAUCUCUUUCUGUUGAAGAUCAGACUUACAUUCGAGAAUAG